AUGAAACCUUUCGUGUGCUUGUUUUUUAUCUGUACAUGCACGAUAUUGAAUGUUCUUAGUUAUGAGGAUGUUCUAUCAGAAAAAAUUAAACAAUUAACACAUUGGUCAAGUAAAAAGCCAGUUAUUCGUCUAAAUAGUGAAGGUUUUACAAAUUAUGUUAAAACACAACCAAGAAAUUAUUCAAUGAUGGUUAUGUUAACUGCAUUAUCUCCUCAACGACAAUGUGGUAUUUGCAAACAAGCACACGAUGAAUUUGAAAUAGUUGCCCGAAGUUAUCGCUAUUCAAAUCCAUUAUCAAAUAGUGUCUUUUUUGGUAUGGUCGAUUUUGAUGAUGCAUCUGAUGUAUUUCAAUAUUUACAAUUAAAUACAGCACCAGUAUUUAUUCAUUUUCCACCAGAAGCGAAACCGAAGAAAAGUGAUCAUAUGGAUGGCAGUCGUUCUGGAUUUUCUGCUGAACAUAUAGCAAAAUGGGUGCAUGAUCGUACUGGUGUUCAAAUUGAAAUAUAUCGUCCACCAAACUAUUCUGGAUUUUUACUCAUAGCAUUAAUUAUAAUAAUGAUUCUUGGAUUACUUUAUGUCAAACGAGAUAGUUUCAAAUUUCUUUUUAAUAAUAUUGUAUGGGGAAUAUUUGUUAUCGGUAUUGUUUGUUAUUUCAUCUCUGGACAAACAUGGAAUCUUAUAAAUGGACCACCAUUUAUGCCCCAACAUAAGAAUGCAGUGGGAUUCUUCUCGGACGAUUCAAAUAUGCAAUAUAUUGCCGAAACAUAUAUAGUUUUUUCUGUUGGUGUUAUACUGUUAAAUGAAGCACCCAAAUUGAAAUCUCAAACGGGAAAACGAAAUAGUUUCAUGGCGAUUAUUGGUCUUGCUACAGUCGUUGGUUUAUUUAGCUACAUAUUGUCUAUUUUUCGAUUAAAAAAUCAAGGUUAUCCAUAUAGUACAGCACAACGUGGUGAUGGUGCUUCACAUUUUGUUGUUAUAGCCACAAUAAGUGUUGUUGUUGACGGACUAACUCUUGUCUUUGUAUGUUCUUAUUUUGAUGUCGUACAUGUUCGUAAAUAGUCUAUAUAACAAAAAUCUAAUAAAAUAUUUAUUAGCUUAUCGAUGAUUGAUUUCCGAUUAUUAUGUUUUUAUUAGUUUGAUAAAAAUAAAGAAAUUCGUAUUCUAGUCAAAAUCAAGAAAAUAAAUUGAAUCGAAAUUAAUCCUGAACAUAUUCAAGAAGUUGGUAAAUAGUUGACGAAAUAUACAUUUCCUUUUGUUUAUUCAUAUAUUUCUUGCUUUAUUUUUAGGUUUACUUAUUUGGCAUGAUUCAUUUGAUUGUAAAAAAAAAGCAGGAUAAGCAAAGAGAGUAAUUUAUUCCUAUUUUGCCUAGUUUUUUUUUUUUAUCGAAUAGUGUUCUUAUUUGUUGAUUUGUUUUCCUUUUCUAUUAACUAAAUGCAGAGCUAUUUCUCUCUUUACAUCAUUCUCUUCAUUCCAAUAACUAGAAAUAAAUAUCUAUCUAGGGAUCAUUGAUAUCUUCUCUAUUCCCAUUCAAUCGUUUGUACUUAAAUAAUCAGAUGACUUUGACCGAAUCGGAAACAAAUGGCUGGCAAUAGCUUAUUUUUAUUGAAGAAACAUACAUACUUGUCUUCGUUUGUCUUUACAUUGUAUAUUGUACAGCGAUUAUUUUUUCAUCAGUAUUCCUCCCUCUCUCUCUCUCGUUCUCUAUUGCAGAAUAGAACAAAGAGAGGAGUAAGAACAAAAGCACUCGACUUUUUUUUUGCUUCUAUAAAAAAGAAAGAGACCCUAUUUCGAUAUCUUUGUCAACUGGUGAACUGCUUUUUUUAAUAUUCUUUUUCUCAUUUUUCUCGUGGCAUCUGUAUGUAAAUAUAUAGAAUAGUAUUUUCCAUUAGAAAUAGUUGGAAUAUCUAUCCAUAAGUAAUGCCAGCUAACACAAAAGAAAUGUUUAGAUAUUAUUGUUACAAUAACUAGUAAUCUGUUAAGGCUUGAGAAAGAACAGAAGUACACAUUACGUACCGUCAUGUAAUAUAGCAUAUAGGUAAGUUGAUCAAUCAUUUUAUAUUUAAACUUUCAGUUCAUUAUAUAUAUAUAUGUUGUAGGCAAAAUUGAAAUCCCGGCAAAUUUAAAAUUUGCCCAGUCAAAAUUGAAAUUUUAAUUUUGACUAGGCCAAAUUAGAAUUCUAAUUUUGACCAAGAAUUUAUCAGUCAGAACUAAAAUUUCAAUUUUGACUGGGCAGAUUUAAAAUUUGACUAUAGGUUAUAUCAUUUAAAUAAAACAAAAAUAAUUACAACAAAUAAAAUAAUUUUUUAUUAAUUCUUUUUAAUAAAAUGGCUAAUAAAAAAAAUCUUUUCAAC